AUGGCUGUGCGUUGCUUUGUGGUUGAAGAAACGCAACAGAGAAAAAAAGUCGAGUUUCUUACAGAGUUGUUGGUGGCGCGUAUUUGGUACAGUAUCUGGGGGCGGUUGGCUGUGUAUCAAUGGUACGGAGGCGGUAUUGGGAAUGUUCGGCGAAUGGAUCGCUUCGCUGUAACAGUAGGAUCACACCACAACGAUUAUUAUUACGAGUCACAGCAUCGUCCCUGGCAGGCCGCAAGCCUUCAUGGGUUGCAAAUGUGCGUGCUCGAUCAGCGCAGUGAAUCGCCAUUGCCUUCUUCCAUCUUCCGGGCGGCUGUGACUCCUGUGCCUGCUGUGACUGAUAAAGGGGGCCCUCCACGUGGAGAUAUCCUGGAGCCCUCCAUAACACCGCAAGAAAGCGAAGGCAUCAGCCAGCUUGCGGAGUCACUCCGAACUUGA